CGUUCAUCUACACCUUUGAUAUUCAGGCUUCAUGUUCCCUCGACAAAAGUCAUCAUCUGUCACCUCGACCUUUCAACUGAUUCGACCUGAGACCAGAUUCAUCUACCCCAGCCUGAUGUCUCGACUCUUGACCGACCAGACGUCUGUUUCGCCCGUCCAGCCUCCCUCUUUGUGUUUUACUACCUGGACUGCGGCGCUACUGUACAUCUACCAGUAGGGCAGGCUUGGUGGAGAGAGUCAGGGGGCCAGUAUCCGCCCGCCCAUUUUAGAUUCCCACCCUCAUGUUCCUUUCAC